CAACCAAGGCAAGAAGUGCAUGCACGUACGUGAGUGUAGCCAGCCUCCUCCUGCACCGCAAACCAUGGCGAUACUGAAGAAGAACACGAGCUUCGCCGUGGCCGCCCUCGUGGUGGUCAUGGCUGCCACCCUUCUCCUCUCCUCGUGCGACGCCCGCAAAGAGAAGAUGGAUAAGCUCACCGCGUUCCCCGUGCCGGGGAAGUGCUACUCGAGGUACUUCCCGAACUGCACCGAGCCGCGGUGCAAGAAGUUCUGCUUCCAGCCGAUCCCCGGAGCCGUCUGCACCGACAAGAACACCUGCUGCUGCCCUAUUGCUUAAUUAUAAGCACCCGCUGAAGCGAUCGGACUAAGAACUACUUAUAACUUACUAGUUAAAGAUGAUGAUGGUUAUCUUUCUACACUUCCGGAUACAUAUUUGUCAACGUUGUUCCUAGUUAUGAACUGUGGACCCCAAAGGUUUAUGUAUUGAGUUAAUUGUAUUAUAU